AUGGACGGUCGCACAGAGAGCAGUAAUCGCACGUAUGCCGAAGCUUCCUCCCGUGAAGAAGAACGUGGCCAGCAGCAGAGCCGAGAUGUAGCAGUGUCCUCUACUUCCAAGUGGUGCAUCGUUGGAGUCUUAGCUGCUGCGCUGCUGUGCGAGAUGGUCUGCUGGGUAAUGUCAGCCUGCACAUACACCUCUCGCUACUGUGAGAACAAGGCCCUACCCCGCACCACGACCUACGGCGUGGGAUUCGGCCUGUUGAUGGCCGGGUGGACAGUGGGGCUCAUCGCGUUGGUAUUGUUUGUUCUUGUAGUCUAA